AUGAGGGUCCUCCCACUCUUUCUCCCCGUUCUCUCCCUUUCGCUCUCUUCAGCGUCUCCAACUGGAGAGCAGGUCGUUCUGGGCCUCGACCGCGCCCGUUUAUCGUCCCAUAACGCAGCCAGCACAGUCAACACACUGCUCAACGACGCUACCAAGGCCAUUCUCCGCGGCAAGAAGAACUUACAGAAGUGGAUUCACGAUGGCAGAGAGUAUAUCAAGCAGAACGAGCUCUUAUACGAGCUUGUUUCGCACCCUGUGUUCGAGGAGCACCAAUUGAGGGUCACGAAGCCAACCGCCCUUUGCGACCCCAGCGUGAACCAAAUCUCCGGCUACCUUGAUAUCGCUGAAGACAAGCAUUUGUUCUUCUGGUUCUUCGAGUCACGUGACUCUCCCUCUACGGAUCCUCUCGUUCUCUGGCUCAAUGGCGGACCCGGCUGCUCCAGCUCAACUGGCUUGUUAUUCGAGUUAGGGCCAUGCUCUAUUGCUGACGACGGCAAGAACACGACUUUCAACCCUCACAGCUGGAAUUCCAAUGCCAACAUGAUUGUGAGUUCUAAAUGCAGCCUCUUCUGGUUAUUUGACAACGCGUUCAGUUCCUUGACCAACCUGUUAACGUCGGAUUCUCGUAUGCUGAGGACGGCACGACUGUCAACAACAGCCCUCUUGCUGGGAAAGAUGUCUACGCAUUCCUUGAGCUAUUCCUCCAGCGAUUCCCCGAGUACUCCAAGCAACCCUUCCAUAUCAGUGGCGAGAGCUAUGCAGGAACUUACGCAAAUUCCCAAUAUUGCCAGCGUUAUCUGGCAAGCCAACCUCCAACUUGCAGCAGCCCCGAACCCAAGUCUCAAGAAGAUCAACCUCGAGUCGCUGCUAAUCGGCAAUGGACAAACCGAUCCUUAUACUCAGAUGGGCACCGUGGCUGAGUAUGCCUGUUCCGGGCCUUUCCCCGUCUAUGAUGACCCCGAAGGACCCCAGUGCACAGCUCUACGAAGCAAAGUUCCAACUUGCCAACGGAUGCUUCAGUCGUGCUACAAGUACAACAACAAAUUUACUUGUGUUCCUGCGAUGCUUUACUGCAACUCCCAGUUGUAUGGCCCGAUCAUGCAAACGGGCGUCAACGUCUAUGACGUGCGCAAGAAAUGCGACCGCUCCAAGGACGGCGACCUCUGUUACCGGGAGCUCAACUGGAUUGAAUCAUGGAUGAACGAGCCAGCCAACAAAGUCGCGCUUGGCGUCGACCCGAGCCGCAACUUUGCCUCUUGCAACAUGGAAAUCAACCAAGCCUUCCUGUUCCAGGGCGAUGGCGGACACAACAGCGCGGAACUCCUGACGGACCUCGUCAACGGUGGCGUCAGGCUGCUUAUAUAUGCGGGCAACGCGGACAUGAUGUGCAACUACCUCGGAAACGAGCGCUGGCUGGAGGUGUUCGACUCGAAGUUCCAGAGCGAGUACAAGGCGGCGCAGCCUAUACCAUGGAUAACCCAUUCCACGGGCCAGCUUGCGGGCUCGGUCCGGUCGGCCGGCGGUAAAGGGCACACGGCUGGGAAUGUUACUUUCGUUACUGUGUUUGAUGCAGGGCAUAUGGUUCCGUUUGACCAGCCCGAGGCUGCGCUUGACCUCUUCAGCCGCUGGAUCUCCAAUUCCCCCUUGUCAUAG